AUGGCAAUCUACAACCCCUUCACCCGUCGCGAGACGCAUAAUGCCCAUGCCUUGAGCCUGUACCGGGUCUUUGUGCCCCUCACCUGGGCCUUGGUUGUCGUCGUCGGCAUUUACUAUUCCAUCCACUCGCCCGAUGAUACUAAGGGUAGCAAGAAGAUCUGGAAGCAGGCCAACAAGCAUAACACGCCCUUUAGUCAGAACACGACCGUGACUCAGAUUUACUGGAUCCUCCUCCUCCUCUCGCAGCUCAGCUACGUCUGGCACCUCUUCUCCAAGGAAGCCCCCGUCGUCGCUGCCGCCGCCAACGUCGCCACACACUUCAUCCUGAACAACCUAUUCGUCUUCGCCUGGAUCCUCCUCUGGACCCGCAACCACUUCUGGGGCUCCGAGGUCAUCCUCAUCGCCCACUUCAUCAACCAGGCUAUCACCUACUGGCGCCACCGUGGUCUACCCGCCUUCGUCCACCUAUCCGCCGUCGCAGGCCCCUACGCCUGGACUCUGACGGCGCUCUUCUGGAACGGCGCCGUCGCAGUGAACAGUCACAACUUGCCUGGCCGGAUCGUGGCUAAUAUCUUUAUUUGGGUGAUCCUGCUUAUUGGUCUGUUUGAUAUCGUGGUGCGCCAGGAUUAUAUCCUGGGUUAUAGUCUGAGUAUCCUCACGCUGUCGCUGGCAAUCCGCCAAUUCGAAGUCAAGAUUAUUGCUCUGCAGUGGAUCUUUGCCAUUGUCAUCUUCGCCGUCUUCCUGGUCACUUCUAUCUAUAUUUCUACUACCAAGUAUUACGGUCGUGACAGCUUGUUCCGCAGUGUUGCUCAUCCCGAGUCGACGGAUCGUGAGCGCCAGCCUCUGCUUAAUGAGGAGGCAUAA